AUGGUUGAAAAGUUGAUGCUAUUUCAAAACCGAAAAUUACUUCUUGAACUUUUCAAAAGCAAUUAUAACAUUCUUUCCACUUUAUUAAGUAUUCACAACUUCCAAGUGGAAAAUUGUUUUCUUAUUGAAGAUGGAAACUUAAUGGUUAUGUUAAUUGCAGCUAAUGUUGACUUUGGGGAAUUUACGAUCUUUAAGAAAUUAAAAUGGGGUCCUCGAGUUAAACGACCGAAAAAACCUCCAUCUGAUUCAAGUUUAAAGUCUGAAGACGAGAAGAGGCCACGGACAGCAUUUUCUGGGCCCCAACUCGCUAGAUUAAAGCACGAGUUUAAUGAGAAUCGAUAUUUGACUGAAAAGAGGCGUCAGCAGUUAAGCGCUGAACUAGGACUUAAUGAAGCCCAAAUAAAAAUUUGGUUUCAAAAUAAAAGAGCGAAAAUUAAAAAGUCAACUGGUCAGAAAAAUCCAUUAGCUCUGCAAUUAAUGGCGCAGGGAUUAUAUAACCACAGCACAGUCCCACUCUCAAAGGAAGAAGAAGAAUUACAAGAGCUUCAGGCUGCUAAUUGA